AAAAUCUGAAAAUUCAGAGAGGCACAGACUUUGUAUUGAUUUAUUGAUUGAUGAUUCAUUUCUUUUUAAGUCCAGUUGUGUGAGCGUCAGCUAAACGCCCCCCCGCCCGGUGCUCCGCCGGCGGGCGGUGCUUCGUCCACCGGCCACACACACGCGGCGUACCUGCUAAUUACUCAGUUAGCCGCUCGGAGAAGGCUGUCUCUCUCCCGGCGGUGGGCGUUGUGGCUUUUCUCUCUGUCUCCGUCUGGUUUCGUCGUAGCAAACCUGCCUCACUGCCAAAGUAGGAGUACUCCGAGAUAAACCCUCUCGUUUGAGUUUACCGGGAAUCAAAACUGAAGCACCUCGGCGGCUCCUGAAACGGGAAUGCUCGUUUAGAGCCGACACCUGCGUCCGACACAAGACAACGACGCCGUGUCGGCAUGGAACCUGCCCGUCUUCCCUCAGACGUUUGGCCGCCCGUCGGAGGGGUUUCACCCGGUGAAAGCACCCCCGCUGGGAAAGCCCAGUCCCAGGCGCCCGUGAAAAAACAAGCCGUGAAGAGACACCACCACAAACACAACCUGAAACACAGGUACGAGUUUCUGGAGACCCUGGGCAAAGGCACCUACGGCAAGGUGAAGAAGGCGAAGGAAAGGUCCGGCCGACUGGUUGCCGUGAAGUCCAUCAGGAAAGAGAAGAUCAAAGAUGAGCAAGACUUGGUGCACAUUCGCAGAGAAAUUGAGAUCAUGUCCUCACUGUGUCAUCCACAUAUCAUCACCAUUUACGAAGUGUUUGAGAACAAAGACAAAAUUGUGAUCGUCAUGGAGUACGCCAGCCGGGGGGACCUGUACGACUACAUCUGUGACAAGAGAAAGAUCUCAGAGAAGGAGGCCAGACACUUCUUCAGGCAGAUAGUCUCCGCUGUGCACUACUGCCAUCAGAAUGGAAUAGUUCACAGAGACCUGAAACUGGAGAAUAUUUUACUUGAUGGCAACGGCAAUGUGAAGAUUGCCGACUUUGGACUGUCGAACCUCUACCACAGCGAUGAGUAUCUGCAGACUUUUUGCGGCAGCCCUCUGUACGCUUCCCCCGAGAUCGUCAAUGGACGGCCGUACCGCGGGCCGGAGGUGGACACCUGGUCCCUCGGUGUGCUGUUGUACACACUGGUUCAUGGGACCAUGCCAUUUGAUGGACACAACCACAAGAUCCUGGUCCAGCAGAUCAGCACCGGAAACUACCGGAAACCAAGUAUUCCCUCCGAUGCUUGUGGACUCAUCCGCUGGAUGCUGAUGGUCAAUCCGGAGCGCAGGGCGACUAUAGAGGAAAUCGCGGGGCAUUGGUGGCUCAACUGGGGCUACCAGCAGCCAUUGCUGUGCGAAAGGAGGAGCAGCGUGGCGGAACAGACCAUUUUGCCCGCAUCGCCAUCGAGCUCCCACGCCGCAGGGCUGGCUGGCGUGGCCAGCUGGCUGCGGCGUACGUCCCGGCCUCUGCUGGAGAACGGCUCCAAGAUCCGCUGCCUGCUGCGCCCGCACGCCGCCGGAGGGGACGUGCUGAGACAGCGCUCCCUGCGGCGCUCGCGCAAGGAGAACAACGUCACCCAGACAGUUCACGAAGGGAGCGCAGACUCGCGGCCCUCUAAAGGUAUUCUGAAAAGACGGAACAGCGUGAAACAGAAGGCCGCCGCUGAAAGCCCUGCUGCAGGCUCGCUGGAGCCGCAGAGCAUCCUGGGCUUAUCUGCCCCCGCUCUCGCCCCUUGUGGUGCACUACCGCCCCGUAAAGGCAUCUUAAAGAAGUCCGCCGAGCAGGAGUCAGGGUAUUACUCCUCUUCUCCUGAAAACAGCGGCUCCAGCUGGGCACCACAACCUAAAGAGUGCCCUUCGGCACCGGUCUGUCGCAAAGGCAUCCUCAAGCGCAAUGGAAAGUUCUCUACGGGGGUCUUACAGGAGUUCGGCUCUCUGGACCAACUGGCAGCGUCUUUACCCAGAGGAUGCACCAGGCCCAGGCCAAGCGGGGCCAUCAGUGAGGACAGCAUUCUGUCCUCCGAGUCCUUUGACCAGCUCGAUCUCCCAGACCACGUGAGCCCUCCCAUGCAAAUAGAGAAACCCACAAAGACUAGCAUGAGAGGCUGCGUCUCCGCAGACAACCUGCUGGACAUUGUAGAGGACGGAAUUCUGUCUGGAGGGGCGCUCAGGCCGUGGGAGUGUUACAAGACUGGAGUGGCUGACAGUGCCUUUUCAAUUACUGACUGUGAUAAUGUCACAGAGGCUUACAAACAGGCCAUGGUUAUACGGGGAUCUGCGGCGAGCUGAGGAUGAGGAGUGGACAAAACAAACAAACAAACAACUCUUUGUAUUUCCAUUCAGAAUAUCUGCAACUGACAACAUGAAAGCCAAAGUGCAUAAAGAGACCUGAAGGUUGUCAUUUGGACUACCUUCAGGAGUAGCAUAGUACCAAAAAGGUGGGGACACAAACAUCAGAUUGUAUGUGGUUGUUGAGUCGAGGUAAUUAUAUAUGUUGUGAUCCCGGUUGUUGUACAACAGGGCCAACAUGCGGCUCAUAGCAGAGUCAGCGAGUAACUUGAAUAAUGUCCAUCUUUUUUUAAAAAUUCCUGGGAGAAAGGGAGUUUUCUGUGAAUGAGUCUACAUUGACAGUGGAAACGCACAGUGAAACCAAAAAAAAAAAGAGAGAAAAGGGUUUGGAUGAUAUCCUGCGUAAGCAGCCAUCAACUGGAAUGCAUUUACAGCCUGAAAAGGACAGCUGUGUUUGGCUUUCCAUCAGGUUUUAUGGAUGUAGAAUACUCUGUCUUCCAACUCUGAGCCAUUUAUAGGUGAUAAGAAAGGUUCUGUUUAUUUGGACUCUGGCUUUGUAGUUAUUAUGUAAAAAAAAAAAAGAAAGGCAAUAUCAAACAGAUGCAACAUUAGGAUAGCUUUCUCUUUUUCACACCGUACAUACACCAAAGACUAACUUUGCUAAUCUUUUAAUGUUUUAUUUGUGUAUAUUUUGUGCCAAGUUUAUGCCUGUGUGUAACCGGCGCUUAAGCUUCCCAGAAGGACUUUGUUCUGCCGAAGUGACAGUUUCUGUGUUCAGUUGAUCACUUGAAAAAUAAUCAUGAGUCACGACGGGAGCGACCCGCCAAACCUGCUCCUAAGCCUCCGCUGAUACAAAAGCUCCAGUAGCCCAGGGCUCCAUCUGUACAGGUGACAGGUUCUCAGGGCGUGGAAAGCCUUAAGUCGCUAUUUUUAGAGGGUGGACAGCAGCGUGUGCAUAUAUUCAUUGAGUUUUUCAGAUUUAGCUUGUUAUAUGCAGGGGGACAAAGUCCACAAUGUGUCCCCUAACACUUCAGCCCCAGGCACCCCUCUGGAAUGAACUUGCUUUAGAUUCGGGGCACCUGAGCACCACAGCAGAGUCUUCAAAAGCACGUUCAGGCCACCAGAGCCCGGUGACAUUUCACUGCAGCUGGACCGGGCGGCUCAUGUAAGCCGCCUACACAGGGUGCUGCUCAGAAACUUGAAGAUGAACCUUUUUUUCCCUCUCUUUUGAUUGUUUAAUUUAACACUGGGGUUUAUCUGGAAUUGGUUGCAUGUAAGCAAAAGAAAGGCCUUGUUUUGACUGGAAGUGAUCGGCAUUCAUCAGUGUCCAUUCAUCAAAGUUUACUCAGGUGGACUGUACAACUCUGGAGUGACACCGUUAAUGUUUGUGACUGUAUUUGGGCAUUACAUCUUUUUUUUUUUUCCUUUAUGUCACAGAAGUUGAAGGUAUGGCGAUUCGGUUCAUACUUUUCUAUCUGCAACUAAAGCCAUGUUUGCCAAAGUCGCUGGCUCACUUACAGCGCUGUGUGACUGGGAUGAAGAAAUCAAUAAAGAAACGUCAAAGAACUCUAUUUCUGGUGAAUGUUUGUGACUUGCAUAAGAUUGUUGUGGGUUGCUUCACUGCAUUGAUUAGGAUUGAUCUGCAGAAA